AUGCAGGGCUUGCCUCCUUCCCUGUUGGCCCUGGAGCUGCUGGCAAUGGGGGUCCUGCUGGGGGUCCCGGGAGAAGAGGUGUCAAGGGCCCAGACCCCGCCCCAGGAGCCAGCUGUGGGCCCCGGGGGUCCCCUCUUCCGCCAAGACUGGGACUGGCCACCUGGAGGCAACCGGCUGCCAGGCCAUUCGCGGGAUUCCCUGUGCCUAGUGACGCUGGACGGGGGCAGUAAUGGCAGCAGCACCCCACUCCUGCAGGUGGUGGGGGUGCCAAGCAGCUAUGAGCAGGCCUUCCUGGAGGCUGUGCGGCGAGCCCACUGGGACCCCCAUGACCUGGCCACCUUCGGGGUCUGUUCCCCGAGCGACAGGCAGGCAGCCUUCCCCUCGCUGCAACGCCUGGGAGCUUGGCUGGGAGGACCUGGGGGCCAACGGCUGGUGGUCCUGCACCUGGAGGAAGUGACAUGGAAGCCAACACCGUCUCUGAGGUUCCAGGAGCCGCCACCCGGAGGACCCAGCUCCCCAGAGCUGGCGCUGCUGGUGCUGUACCCUGGGCCCAGUCCCGAGGUCACCGUCACUGGGGCUGGGCUACCUGGUACCCAGAGCCUCUGCCCUUCCCUGGACACGCGCUACCUGGCGCUGGUCGUGGAUCACCCUGCAGAGGCCUGGCGUGGCCCUGGGCUCACCCUGACCCUGCGGCUCCGCGGAGACGGUGUCCCCCUGAGCAUCCCCCAGCUGCAGGGGCUGCUGUUCGGUGCCGACCCCCGCAGCUUCACGAGAAUGACCCCGGUCCUGCUCCUGCUGCCCUGGCCCAGGCAGACGCUGCAGCCGGCGCAUGGUCGGCUGGACACCAUGCCCUUUCCACCGCCCAGGCCAUCCCGGGACCCUGAGGAACCACUGCCUGCUGCCGACCCCUUCCUGGAGACACUCACCCGCCUAGUGCGGGCGCUGCGGGGGCCCCGGGCCCGGGCCUGGCCGCCACGCCUGGCCCUGGACCCGGGUGCGCUGGCCGGCUUCCCGCAGGGCCUGGUCAACCUGUCGGACCCCGCGGCCCUGGAUCGCCUGCUCCACGGUGAGGAGCCGCUGCUGCUGCUAAUGCCGCCCGCUGCGGCCACCGCCGGAAGCCCCACACCACCCCCGGAGCGCGCCUCCGCGCCGUGGGCCGCGGGUCUGGGGCUCCGCGUGGGCAAUGAGCUGCAGGCAGCAGCCGCCGAGCUGCGCGGUCUCUCGGGGCUGCCUGCGGCUGCCGCACCACUCCUGGCGCGCCUGCUCGCGCUGUGCCCGGGGGACCUGGGCGGCCCCGGCGGCCCGCUACGUGCGUUGUUGCUCCUGAAAGCCCUGCAGGGCCUGCGGGCCGAGUGGCGUGGGCAGGAGGGCAGCGGGCCCCUGCGGGCACAGCGCAGCGCCGGGGCCAGCGCUGUGGACGGGCCGUGCACGCUGCGAGAGCUCAGAGUGGACCUGCGUGCCGAGCCCUCGGUGCUUAUACCCGAGACGUACCAGGCCAACAACUGCCAGGGCACGUGCGGGUGGCCGCAGUCCGACCGAAACCCGAGCUAUGGCAACCACGUGGUGCUGCUGCUCAAGAUGCAGGCGCGCGGCGCCGCCCUGGCGCGCCCGCCCUGCUGCGUGCCCACAGCCUACGCGGGCAAGCUCCUCAUCAGCCUGUCGGAGGAGCGCAUCAGCGCGCACCACGUGCCCAACAUGGUGGCCACCGAGUGCGGCUGCCGCUGA